CAAGUCGCCAGCGGCGGCGGUGGCGGCCGGGAGACUGGGAGGGCUUCCGGCGCUGCCGGUCUGAGUGCAGAGCUGCUGUCAUGGCGGCCGCUCUGUGGGGCUUCUUUCCCGUCCUGCUGCUGCUGCUGCUAUCGGGGGAUGUCCAGAGCUCGGAGGUGCCCGGGGCUGCUGCUGAGGGAUCGGGAGGGAGUGGGGUCGGCAUAGGAGAUCGCUUCAAGAUUGAGGGGCGUGCAGUUGUUCCAGGGGUGAAGCCUCAGGACUGGAUCUCGGCGGCCCGAGUGCUGGUAGACGGAGAAGAGCACGUCGGUUUCCUUAAGACAGAUGGGAGUUUUGUGGUUCAUGAUAUACCUUCUGGAUCUUAUGUAGUGGAAGUUGUAUCUCCAGCUUACAGAUUUGAUCCCGUUCGAGUGGAUAUCACUUCGAAAGGAAAAAUGAGAGCAAGAUAUGUGAAUUACAUCAAAACAUCAGAGGUUGUCAGACUGCCCUAUCCUCUCCAAAUGAAAUCUUCAGGUCCACCUUCUUACUUUAUUAAAAGGGAAUCGUGGGGCUGGACAGACUUUCUAAUGAACCCAAUGGUUAUGAUGAUGGUUCUUCCUUUAUUGAUAUUUGUGCUUCUGCCUAAAGUGGUCAACACAAGUGAUCCUGACAUGAGACGGGAAAUGGAGCAGUCAAUGAAUAUGCUGAAUUCCAACCAUGAGUUGCCUGAUGUUUCUGAGUUCAUGACAAGACUCUUCUCUUCAAAAUCAUCUGGCAAAUCUAGCAGCGGCAGCAGUAAAACAGGCAAAAGUGGGGCUGGCAAAAGGAGGUAGUCAGGCCGUCCAGAGCUGGCAUUUGCACAAACACGGCAACACUGGGUGGCAUCCAAGUCUUGGAAAACCGUGUGAAGCAACUACUGUAAACUUGAGUCAUCCCGACGUUGAUCUCUUACAACUGUGUAUGUUAACUUUUUAGCACAUGUUUUGUACUUGGUACACGAGAAAACCCAGCUUUCAUCUUUUGUCUGUAUGAGGUCAAUAUUGAUGUCACUGAAUUAAUUACAGUGUCCUAUAGAAAAUGCCAUUAAUAAAUUAUAUGAACUACUAUACAUUAUGUAUAUUAAUUAAAACAUCUUAAUCCAGAAAUCAAA